AUGGCUCCCUCCUUUUCGCCGGCGUCGAAUCAGUAUGUGCCUCCGGUGACGAAAGACAAAGAGUCCAGCGACUGGGCGGAACUUCCGCCGGAAUUAGUAUUUUUGAUUCUGUUCCGUAUAGGCACUGUUGAUAUACUGAAAAACGCUCAGAAAGUAUGCAGAUCGUGGCGACGCGUAUCUAAAGACCCAUCGAUGUGGCGGAAAAUCGAGAUCAGAAGCCGCGGGAUCACCGAUUACGAGUGCGAUUGCUUUUGCCGUCAGGCCGUUGAUCGUAGCGAGGGCGGCUUGGUCGAACUCGACAUUAGGGACUUGGUCGGUGACGAUUCUCUCCUCGCCUACAUCGCCGACAGAGCAGGCAAUCUCAGAUGUCUUAAACUUACAGCGUGCUCUCCAGUAACACCAAAGGGACUUGUGAAUGUAGUCAUGAAACUCCAAUUCCUUGAAGAUGUCGAGAUUUCACACUCCUUUUCAGAACUGGAUUUGAAACCUAUAGGCUAUUGUUGCCCACUUCUGAAGACACUGAAGCUAAGCCGCAUUCGUUUCUGCUGGGGCUUGGAGUCUGAUAGCGAAGCUCUCGCGAUUGCGGAAACCAUGCCUCAACUACGCCGCCUCGAGCUUUCUGGGAUUUUUCUCACCAACACAGGCUUGAACGCCAUUCUCCAAAACUGUAUUCGCUUGCAACACUUUGAUUUACGCGAGUGUUCCAACAUUAACCUUGUCGGAGGAUCUUGA